UUAGAUCCAGGACAUGGCGCCUCCUCCUUCUUCUUCUUCUUCUUCUUAUGAUGCUUCAUUUCAUCCCAAAAGAUAUGAUGUUUUUAUUAGCUUUAGAGGUGAGGACACUCGGAGCAACUUCACGAGUCACCUUCGUCAUGCUAUGCGUCAAAAGCAGAUCCAAGUAUACAUGGAUGACGAAAUGAACAAAGGAGAUGAGAUCUCGCUAGGACUUUUAGAAGCAAUUGAAGAUUCACACAUAUCGGUCAUAGUUUUCUCAGAAGACUAUGCUUCCUCAAAGUGGUGCUUGGAUGAACUACUUAAAAUACUCGAAUGCAGGGAAGAGGGACAGGAUGUGAUACCUGUCUUCUAUCAAAUUGACCCAUCAAACGUGCGGAAGCAGAAAGGGAGUUACGAGGAAGCCUUCCAAAAACACGAGCGAGAUUUCAGCAACAACCAAGACAAGUUGAGCAAGUGGAAACAAGCUCUGUUUGAAGCAGCCAAUCUAGCUGGGUGGGACUCUCGGAUACACCGGGACGAAUCGACACUAAUUCAAAAGAUUGUCGAAGAUGUUUUGAAAAAAUUGGAAUACAAGUACCCACCAAGGAAAUCAAAAUGCCCUUUUGGGACCGAUGAAAACCUUGCACCUAUUGAAUCAUUAUUAACAGAAUUUCAAACCGUUGGAAUUUGGGGCAUGGGUGGCAUAGGUAAAACCACCAUAGCUAAAUGGUUAUUUGGUAAAUACUCUUCUCAAUAUGAAGGAUCAUGUUUUAUGGAAAAUAUAAGGGAAAAUUUUGAAAAAGAUAAACAGGCACUACGCAAUGAUCUCGUUUCCGAGCUUCUGGGGGAAUAUGAGAGAAAAAUCAAUGUGGAAUCCGUUGUUGUUAAGAGAAGGCUUUCUUUUAAAAGAGUUUUUGUUGUGCUUGAUGAUGUGAGUACUUCAAAGCAAUUAGAAUAUCUAGAUGGAGUGCUUCAAUACUUUGGAUCAGGUAGUAGAAUCAUCAUUACAUCCAGAAACAGGCAUGUCCUCCUAUGGAAAGGAGUUGAUGAAAUAAAAAUACAUCAUGUUAAGGAAUUGAACCCCAAGAAUUCCCUUCAGCUUUUCAGCUUGAAUGCCUUCAAACAUAACCAUCCUUUAAUGGGAUACGAAGUGUUAUCAAAUAAAGCAGUUGCUUAUGCCAAAGGCUUGCCAUUAGUCUUAAAGGUUGUAGGUUCUUUUCUUUAUUCAAAAACUAAAAUUGAGUGGGAAAGUGAACUGGAAAAAUUACAAAAGAUUCCCGAUGAUGAAAUUCAAAGUGUGUUACAAUUGAGCUAUGAUGGAUUACGUGAUCAAGAGAAGGACAUAUUUCUAGACAUUGCAUGCUUUUUGAAGGGAGAGCGUGAAGAGCAUGUCGUGAGCUUGUUAAAGGACUUCAAUCCAUGUAUUGGCUUAAGAAACCUUCAAGAUAAGGCUCUUAUAACUAUAGAGCAUGAUGUCGUACAGAUGCAUGACUUGAUACAAGAAAUGGGUUUGGAGAUUGUUCGUCAAGAAUCUAUCAAAGAUCCUGGAAAACGCAGCCGAUUGUGGGUUGCAGAGGACAUCUAUAAAGUACUGAAAUAUAAUAGGGGGACUGAUAAAGUUGAAGGCAUAAAUUUAGAUAUGUCCCAAAUUAGAGAUCUACAUUUCAGUGUUGACACAUUCAGAAACAUGACUAAUCUAAGAUUUCUGAAAUUAUAUUUGCCGUCUGGUGUCAAAGAUUAUAGUUUGUUGUCCCUUCCUACAUGUGUCCAAUUGUUUUCUAUUAAAUUAAGGUACCUUGAGUGGGAUAGAUACCUUUCAAAGUCACUUCCAUUAAUGUUUUGUACGGAGAAGCUUGUUGAGCUUUCAAUGCCAGACAGCCACCUUGAAAAACUUUGGGAUGGGGUGCAGGAUUUGGGGAAUCUAAAGAGAAUAAACCUUGGUGGAUCCACAAGGUUGAUGGAACUCCCGGAUUUCUCUAUGUUGACAAAUCUUGAAGAAGUAGAUCUCUCCUAUUGUGAAAGUUUGUAUCAUAUUCAUCCAUCUCUUUUAUCUCUCCACUCGCUUGUUACUUUGGAUCUAUAUGGGUGUAAAAGUUUGAUCAGUCUUGAAAGUGAGAUUCACUUAAAAUCUCUUGAAUUUCUUUGCUUUGAUAACUGCUUAAGCCUCAAGAAAUUUUCGGUGUCGUCAGAGGAAAUCAGAGAAUUGAAUUUCGUGGGCACAAGCAUUGAAAUAUUGUCUUCAGCUAUUAAGCAACUUACAAAGUUGAGACAUCUUGAAUUAAGUAAUUGCAAGAGGCUAGAGUCUCUGCCAGAGCUUCCACAAUUCAUAACACAUUUGUAUCUAAGUGGAAGCAAUAUCAAGUGUUUGCCUGGAAACUUAAAGCAACUUACAGAGCUACGCAGUCUUUACUUAAUUGAUUGCAAGAGGCUUGAGUCUCUCCCAGAGCUUCCACAAUUCAUUACACAUUUGAAUUUAAGUGGAAGCAAUAUCAAGUGUUUGCCUGGAAACAUAAAGCAACUUACAGAGCUGCGCAGUCUUCACUUAUGUGAUUGUGAGAGGCUUGAGUCUCUGCCAGAGCUUCCACAAUUCAUUACACAUUUGUAUCUAAGUGGAAGCAAUAUCAAGUGUUUGCCUGGAAACAUAAAGCAACUUACAGAGCUGCACAAUCUUCACUUAAGUGAUUGCGAGAGGCUUGAGUCUCUCCCAGAGUUUCCACAAUUCAUUAGAAUUUUGGAUCUAAGUAGAAGCAAUAUCAAGUGUUUGCCUGGAAACAUAAAGCAACUUACAGAGCUGCACAAUCUUCACUUAAGUCAUUGCAAGAACCUUGAGUCUCUGCCAGAGCUUCCACAAUUCAUUACACAUUUGUAUCUAAGUGGAAGCAAUAUCAAGUGGUUGCCUGGAAACAUAAGGCAACUUACAAAGUUGCGCUGUCUUUAUUUAAGUGAUUGCAAGAGGCUUGAGUCUCUCCCAAAGCUUCCACAAUUCAUUACACAUUUGAAUGUAAGUGGAAGCAAUAUCAAGUGUUUGCCUGGAAACAUAAAGCAACUUACAGAGCUGAGCAAUCUUCACUUAAGUCAUUGCAAAAGGCUUGAGUCUCUGCCAGAGCUUCCACAAUUCAUCACACAUUUGUAUCUAAGUGGAAGCAAUAUCAAGUGUUUGCCUGGAAACAUAAAGCAACUUACAGAGCUGAGCAGUCUUAACUUAAGUGAUUGCAAGAGGCUUGAGUCUCUUCCAGAGCUUCCACAAUUCAUUACACAUUUGUAUCUAAGUGGAAGCAAUAUCAAGUGUUUGCCUGGAAACAUAAAGCAACUUACAGAGCUGAGCAAUCUUAACUUAAGUGAUUGCAAGAGGCUUGAGUCUCUCCCAGAGCUUCCACAAUUCAUUACACAUUUGUAUCUAAGUGGAAGCAAUAUCAAGUGUUUGCCUGGAAACAUAAAGCAACUUACAGAGCUGAGCAAUCUUAACUUAAGUGAUUGCAAGAGGCUUGAGUCUCUCCCAGAGCUUCCACAAUUCAUUACACAUUUGUAUCUAAGUGGAAGCAAUAUCAAGUGUUUGCCUGGAAACAUAAAGCAACUUACAGAGCUGAGCAGUCUUUACUUAAGUGAUUGAAGGGACUUGAGUCUCUCCAAGAGCUUCCACGAUCAAUAACAGAGUUACAUCUGAGAGGAAACAAUAUUGAGAAUUUGCCUGAAGGAAUCAGCGAAAAUAUAAAUUUGAGACAUCUUGAGUUAGGUGAUUGCAAGACAUCUUGUGAAUAUCAAAGGCUGAUAAGUUGAGUUGCUUUUCGUAACUUUGGUUCGUAUAUGAAGUCCAGGAAGUUAUUGCUAAGAUUUUACAGAGGCUAGAGGUAUUUGAUUCAAACCUGUAAUAACUAUCUCUUAAACCUCCUCAGCUUUUCAUCUGUGAGCUACUAUGGCGUUGAAUUCUAUGCUAGGAAGUGCGUACCAAACUCAUUCAGCACAAAAGAUCUCCAAUGGUAAGCUGUGGGAGUAUCAAGGUGAUGUUUGAAGUCAACUCAGCUGAAGCAAGACUGAAUGGCACGAGCUUAGAUACAUGAGGAGGCAAUCAUCAAAAGAAGAACAAAGCUUGCAGAAUGCAAAUGGACAUCCUCGGCCACUAUAGCAGAGGAGAGUGUGGGGUUGGUAGCUAAAAGUAUAAUGAGCAUGAUAGUGCUGCCACGUAGUUCAUAAUUGGAGCCAAAGGAGAUGCUGUGUGUGGGACUGUUGUAUAAUAUUUUAUUUUUUAUUUUAAUCCCCAGGGUCUAUAGUUCAAUAACAUUUAUUGCUAUGUGAUCAAUAAUUUUGCUGUUUAUUGCUUGACCUAAUCCUGGAUAUAUGGGAAUUAUGUCAAGAGAUCAAAAU